AUAUCUCACCUUCACUGUGAUGAAUCAGUCAUUGGAUUUAUUCUAACAGCUACUUAGAAAAUGUCAGAUUUCCUCUAUGUUAAGUAAACGUCAAUCUGAAAAAUGUCACAGCCACCAGGUUACAUAUUCAGUGUUUUCCUUAGCAGUUUUGGAUUUUUUUGCAGCGAAGAUCAUGGUCUGCCAUCAUCCAUAACAAUGAUCAUUAAAUAAUUUUAUAUUCAUACCUCUACUGGGAACCAAAACACCGUGACGUUCUCCAAAACAGAAUUAUUUCUUCUUAAUGCCUCUGCCGCACCACAGCGUAUCUGACUAGACUUUCAAUGGCUUGUGCAGACACACUGCAACGACAGAAAAUAUUGUUCACCGUAAGCCCAGAGGUUAAAAAUAUGAUCGCCAGAUCAACCACCAUUUUUAGACAUGUCAACAAUGCCGUAGCAUGAGCGCAGUGACUCUGACAUGUCUUAUAGCGCACAUGUGACUCGGCAAUAAUAUUUGUUAACCUCAAGUAACACUGUGCACACACUGUCUGCACUGAUGGGGUUUCACUUACCUCAACGGGAAGCUGAAACUGACUGCAAGAUCUACUUUUGUAGAUUAUGCCCAAUCCUGAUGCGGCACAACACUGUGAAUUCCACACCCCUGAUCCCAAUGCAUGUGCUGUGUUCUAAAACAAAUGUGCAUCAAACAGGGCACGCAUAGCUACAGCAUGUGGCAAAUCGAAUGCUACGCUUUUAGAGUCACGUAACAUUCAGUUUUCAGAACACCAGCCUACAUGUAAGACGGGAAACGGUGUGGCAGCAGCUGUAGAAACACUAGUCAGUGGCUAAUUAGGUUUCGUGGAUGUAGUCUAUGAUUCUGGGGCAGACUUUUCUGACAGCAGCAGUACUUGAAGUAGAGUCUUAAUGAACGAGUCACUUUUCGUAUUCAUCCAUCUUUUCCUGACGAUCACAUAACGGCCCCUGCCGAGAACAACAGGGUCCCUCUGUUGCCUGCUCUCCUUCCCUCUGUACAGACUUCCUCCCCGCUGUGCUCAGCUGUAGCUCCUUGUGUUACAGCGUGACUGAGCUCUCUGAAGUGUUUGAGUACAGCAGGAGCUUUCAUCUGUGAAAGAUAAUGGGGUCAGGGAGGUAGAGACGAAAUACGCUUGUUGCAACACCUGCAGGAGUGUGGACAAAAUAAGCCUCCUUUUGUCCUGAACCGAAAGGUUCUGCUUGAUGUACUGUACAGUCGUAUAAAUCGAUGGAAGUCUUCCGAAAAGGUCGUAUGAAGCUUUAAGACAACAUUACUUUUGUUUAUGUUAAAUUCAAAGGAAAGCUUUGAUUCUUAUGGCGUGGAUGUUUGCUGACUGACAGAGUAAUUGUACCUCCAGGUAUCUUACAGCCAAGUAGAGACGACAAAAGGUCAGAGCAGAGGAGAAAGAACAAAUUCAACCUUCAGUAACCCUAAACUCGAUCCAAAUGCAUGAAAAGACACAACUGGUUUUAACACUGGCUUCUCUUCAUAACCAGAGCAUUUUUAUCUUAGCUAUUGACCGCUCUCUUACGACUCGAUCCUUGGUAUACUACGCCGGUCUUUCGACUUGUCACAGCUUCCAGGCUGUCUCUUACCACGUCUGGGCUACAAGGUAACAGCCUGAAUUAUAUUGACUUAAAAUGUGCCUUAUUUCCCUGCUGUCAUUUCUGCUACCCAGACACACAGCGAUCCACUUUCAGAGCCUGUUCAUCAUGCAGCCUUUCCGUUUGAAGGGCUUUUAACCACAGUCCAUUUGCCAGCUGCAGUUGCAAUAAGUCAUGUACAUGCAGCCAUAGGCAGAACAGGGUGAGUUCUCCACCACAGGAUUAAAUGCCCUCGUGUCAAUACUGUUUAUUGUCUUUGUACUACAUUUUCUUGGGUAAUCCAUACACAUACUCCACUUAAUUCAUGCAGUGGCUAUAAUAUGCAUCCAUCCAGUCUAAGAUCGGGCCACAAGCCCUGGAUGGAAACCCUGACAUUAUACUUAAAAACAAGCGAGUUACAAAAAAGCUUGACGUUUAUUUCUCACUACAACCAGUAAAUAUACUGUUGGAAAAUUUGUUCAUCUACCCUUCAAUGGUGCUGCUUUAUGGAAGUCGCAGGCUGUGCCCAUAAAAACAAUUCCUCAUGUUAUAACACGGAGAAAAUUUGUUUAUGUUAAACAAAUCGCGUUGAUAACCAUCAUGUUGUUAGACAUGGCACUGAUGGUGAAACCAAAACACUUUCCACUGACACAUUUGCUAUUUUGACCGUUUUUAUAGGUAAUAUUGAUACCAAAUGUAUAUAUUACUUCAAACUAGACAAUGUGGUGGUUACUGUGCCUUUAAAAUCUGAUACUAAAAGGUUAUUUCUAGUGUUCAAUAUAUGUUCAAUAUCCAAGUAUAGGUCUCUGUUGAACCCCACGGGGUAUUUCCUCUAUAAAAUAGCCGUGAUCUCCACAAAUAAACCAGUUAGUUGAUGAAUCAGCUGCAUUUUCUAGUCCAUAAAAUGAUGAAAGUAAUUCUAAGCUACCAAAAAAAAAAUUGCAUUUCUUCCUUUAAAAUCUACAUAUGAGCUUUCAUGUUUGACUAAGGGAAUUUUAGGAGAGAAAAAAAAAACAAUGCAGCAUCUGUGCUUUUAGUGCAGAUAUUUAGUUACCAGAGAGAAUGAUGUCUGGGUAAAAAGCCCAACAGCUAGCCCUGUUUGGGCUCAAGAAGCCAUCACCAAAGGCAGCUUUAGCAGGUGAUGCGUCUACCUAUGAUAGUUUAUUGUUAUUGAGAGUUUUUUAUUUGUGAUAAGAUGUGAUUCGUUGUAUUGUGGAUAUAAACAGUGUUGUAAGGAUUUUUUUUUUUUUUUUAGGUUUUUCCCAUCCUGCCGUAGUGGCUAAGAAUUUGGGGCAGUGGGUAGCGGCAAGCUGUAUUUCGGUUUAUUUUUCUUCUACUUUAUGAUUUUCAUCCUGUUUUAAGUGUGAUUAUAAAUGUUAGUACCCGGUAGCAGACAGCAGUUCCCAUCAGUGCAACCCGAGCAGGCGGCCGGGGCUCUGCGCCCUCCCUCCCCCUCUCACCGCUCCGGUUCCACAGCAGCAGGCAUCGGGAGGAAGGAGGAUGGAGAUCCCGGAGCAGGAAUAGCUCCUCUCGUACCGUCUACUGGGAGGUUCUCAACCAAACACUGGGGCACAAAUGGCACUCAGACCAUGAUGUAAGUAAAAAAAAAAAAACAAGGCUGUGCGGAAAUUGCGGCUGUUUUCGGGUGUUUUAUCGGCGACCGUCGAUGUGAGAUGUUUCACAUCACAGGGCUGGAUACCAAACUGCCUUCCUCUAUCAAGAGAUAGCCAGCCGGCAGGAUGGAGCCCCAGGAGGAAUGACACGAUAUCUUCCCCCGUUGGGUGUCGCACAACAGUCCAAAAAAAUGCACUGGACCGGCGGAUCCGUCUUCGUAGUCCUGGCGUGUCUUAUCGCCUCCCGCUCUGCCGGGGCGUUAUCGAUGGACACGGAUGGGAACCGUACAGAGAACAACAACGUGACAGACGGCAGCGGCUUCGUUCCAGUUGUGUUCACUAAAGUGAGCCAGAUAAUUGCCAGGGAGGGGAGCUGUGCGCUGAUUGAUUGCAACGUCACCGGAGACCCGUUCCCCAGCGUCGAGUGGUUCAACUCCCACGGAGAGCGCCUGGACACGCAGACUAGUGGAGGGAAGUGGUGGCUGCUGGACACCGGAGUCCUCAACAUCACCAGCAUUGAGUUCUCCGACCGAGGCAAGUAUACGUGCAUGGCCGCCAACGUCCAUGGCACCGCCAAUGGCACGGUGACCCUGCGCGUGGUCUUCACCAAUGGCGACAUGGGCGUGUACUACAUGGUGGUGUGUCUGGUCACCUUCACCAUCAUCAUGAUCCUGAACGUCACACGCCUCUGCAUGAUGAGCAGCCACCUGAAGAAGACGGAGAAGGCCAUCAACGAGUUCUUCCGCACCGAGGGCGCCGAGAAACUGCAGAAGGCCUUCGAGAUCGCCAAGCGGAUCCCCAUCAUCACCUCGGCCAAGACGCUGGAGCUGGCCAAGGUCACCCAGUUCAAGACCAUGGAGUUCGCCCGCUACAUCGAGGAGUUGGCCCGCAGCAUCCCGCUGCCGCCGCUCAUCAUGAAUUGCCGCACCUUCAUGGAGGAGAUCCUGGAGGUGGUGGGGGUGGAGGAGAUGAGGCACACCUUCGUCCGGCACGCCCCCGAGUGGCGGCGCGACGCGCAUGGCUGGAUCCCCUCCAUCGGCGUGCGGGACGUCUUCACCAUCCUGCAGGUGAGGGACAGAGAGCGCAGCGAGUCACCGGCCGCCGACUCGGACAACUCGUCCGUUCACGAGCAACCGCAGCAGAUCGCCAUCCAGGCAUCCGUGCACCCUCCGCUCGACGACGGGGACUGCUGCAUGUACGAGGCGUCGCCACCGUCGCCGUCGCUCUCCCCCUGCCCCUCGCCGUCCCCACCGUGCUCCCCUCUGCCUCUGGAGGAGCAACAGGUGGCGCAAGAAGAGGAGAUCGGCAGCCAGGCAGCGGCCGAACAGAUAGUCAGCGAGACCCCCCCCUGCCAGGUGUUUUACGAAAGCCAUGUUUGAUUGGACUACGAGGGCCGCGCUGACAUCCUGCUAUGCAUCUCACACUGUAUGAAACAAUCACCUGUUUAUUCAUCUCUAUCUCUGAAGUUCCUGACACAUUUCAUCCAAUCAGAGGCUUUUUAAGCACUCUUCACUCUGGAUUUUCAUGCUUGAAUGUACGUGAGAGGAGGUAGUAAUAUUAAUAAUGUAAUAAGCAGAGGAUUGUAUGAGGAGCUGUCUUAUUUAAAGAGGAGACGGGGGGAUUUGCUUCAGUUUGUAGUUUCUUACAAUGUUUGAAUUUUUAAUUUUCCUCACCCACCUCCAGGCGUUACCACGGCGCUCUGCUUAUCUGCAUGCUGGUCUGAUGAAGCUAAAAGGGUAGCCUGACUGGAACAUGCUUUAAGGCCAGGUGGACCUGUGAAUAUACGGAGUCCUGAUUAAAGACACACCUCUGAGUGGAGUUUGUUUUCUUUCAGAUAAUUUUAAUUAUAGAGUAUUAUUCCUGACUGUGCUGUGGUUUGAUUCCUCCAGUCUGUCUAGUUUAGGCAGGUUGGACUUUGAACUCUCCUCUCAUUCAGUGUUUUUGGUUUAUAAUCCACCUCCCUGUCUAAUCUUAGCAUUAUCUUUCGUCUGCAGAGGCUUUGCUGUAAACUUGCAUGUUAAAGUGGACAGUUGAGAUGUCCGACAUCUUGUUCUGGGACUCCUUGUGUUUUCUUCCGUCGCUUGGGCUGAAGCUCCAGUCUGUGGCCGAGACGAGCUGCACGCUGUUCUGCUUUCACCGGUGCUCUACAGAUGCCUCUUUUUUCUUCUUCUUUUGUAGUGGAAUAAAAUAAGAGUGCUGUGCUUUAAGAUAAAAUAAAAAGCAAGGCUGUGUGA